CUAGCAACAACACUGCAGACAACAGAAGGGGGAAUGAAGCAGUGGGUGAAGGACGUUGAGGAGUGGGCUGCAACAAGUAUGUUUUUUUUUCUUUUUUUUUCUUCCUCUCCCCUAUAGCCAAAAUUAUUACGUUUCAACUGUGAGAUUUUACAUGUAUAUGCAAGGGAAUUUGGUUAAUUGACAAUUUUGUGUUUACUUUGAGGUCCGAAGUUCACUAACAGCCAGGACCAACAGGGACUGCAGCGGGUUAUGGAGGGGCUUGUCCUUAAAAUUAAACAACAAAAAAUAGAGCUGUACAGAGCCAUAGAUAAUGACAAAGACCGCAAGCCUAAACGGGAGCUUAAUGCCAAGGAAAAGCAGAAACUGGAGGAGGCAAUUGCAGUUUACAACAACCUUGUGCCAGAAACCGAAGCUGUUGAUACAGCAGAUGCAGUUUUAAGUCGAGACUUUCCUAGUUGGCCAUGGGAUUCUGCAUCCACAGUUCCCCUUGAGACAAAGAAAGUGGUCUAUGACAAAGUCAUGCUGCUAUCUCGACUUCGAGAGGAGGAUGGCAUUCUCAUCAGAGAGAUGAAGAAUCACUGCCGAUGCCUGAUGGGAUCUUCAAAAGGUUUAAAAAGGGAGAUCCAGCAAAUUGAGAAAGACUUGUGUGAACAUAGUGGGUAUCCAAUGGACAACUCCAGUCAUCAUUACUUGAUAUUAGUUGGGUGUCCAUUUAAGAUGUCCUUGGAGGCAUAUGAGGGACUGAAGGUCAAACUUAAGAAAAAACUCCAGGAGAUGAAGAAAAACAUGGAAGAGGCAUUUGGCACAUACAGGAAAGUCUUGAUGGACCCCACUGCCCUGGUGGAGGAGGAGGAGGAGGAAGAAGAGGAGGUGGAGGAGGAGGAGGAGGAGGAGGGGUAAGAGGAGAAGGAGGAUAAGGAGGACCUCGAUGGCAGUGACGACAACACCUGAAACCUGCUG